CCUAAUGCUUCACUGGAAUAUUUCAUUGAUCCCAAAAAAAUGAAGGAAAUCAUAGCUGCAGUCCAUGAUGUAGCUGGGUUUAACCAUGAGCAACACACGUUCAGUGUGCCAUCAUUGUCCCUGAAACUCGGUCACACUCUGAAAAAGUGUGCUAUCAUCUUGAAAGCACAGGCAUUGGAAACUGGGGACAAGGAUAAAGAAUCACUGGCCGUGAAUUUCAAGCAAUUGUGUGAGUGCACUUGGGAAGUGCAGGUUUCCACUCAUGCUUUAAGAACAUUAGGGAAUGCCAAGCGAAACAACCCAAUGGUGCUCCCGACUAAUGCAGAUGUUGUUCGGAUAACACAGUACUUAAAUGAUUUUGGUGCAAAGCAACUGAGACUGCUGUGUGAUAAUGACAGCUUUGACAAAGAUGCUUGGAACUUGCUCAGUGAAGUGACCCUUUGCCAGUUGAUAAUAUUCAACAGGCGCCGUCAAGGGGAGGUGUCAAAAAUGAAGGUUGAUGACUUCAUGAAGAAACACAAGGCAAAACCAGAUGGGAUGUGUUUAUUAAGCAAGGUUGAGCAAGGUCUUUGUCAGAUGCUAGAAGUUGUUGAAAUUGUGGGGAAAAGGGGAAGGACAGUGCCUGUGUUGUUGACUCCAGAAAUGACCGAAAAGAUGACUGUGCUGUUAGAGAAGAGAGAACAUGCAGGGGUAGUAGCAGACAAUGACUACAUGUUUGCCCGUUCCAAUUACCAAAGUUUGGGUUACAUCAGAGGGUCAGACUGCCUUCGAAAGCAUGCUUCACUAGCUGGUGCAGCCAAUCCACAAUGCUUGAGGUCAACUAAACUCCGGAAACAUAUCGCAACUGCUUCCCAGAUGCUAUCCCUGACAGAACAACAGAUGGAGCUUCUGGCUUCAUUUAUGGGGCAUGACCUUCGGGUCCACCGUCAGUACUAUCAAGUGCCAGACACUGUGUUAAGAGUGGCAAAACUUUCUAAGCUGUUCAUUGCUUUAGAAAAGGGAACUCUACCAUCACAGGAGGGCAAAACCCUGGAUGAUCUUUCCAUUGAUGAUGUAGACUCAGAUGAUGCAGACCAGUCCAGUGAGUGUGAUGACGAUGCUGAUGUGGCCUCCCCUGAGACACAACAUCAAUCAUCUAAUCCAACUAACA